AUGGCUGUCCAGAGUUCCCCGGCUGAGUGCGGCUACAUCCGCACGGUCCUCGGUCAGCAAAUCCUGGAGCAACUGGACAGCUCCAGCCUCGCCCUGCCCUCCGAGGCCAAGCUGAAGCUGGCGGGGAGCAGCAGCCGCAGCGGCCAGGCGGCCAAGAGCCUGCGGAUCCAGGAGCAGGUGCAGCAAACCCUGGCCCGGAAGGGCCGGAGCUUUGUAGGCAAUGGAAAUCUUCAUCGAACCAGCAGUGUUCCCGAGUAUGUUUACAACCUACACUUGGUUGAAAAUGAUUUUGCUCUCAUGCCACCAAGAUAUGCUCGUUCAGAAAUUGUUGGCUUCGGUCAUCCCAGUGCUGUGAGCAGACAGCGUCAUUAUGACACUUAUCACAGACAGUACCAGUACGGGUCUGUUAACAACACUGUUUUUGAUGGCGUUCCUGUCACCCCAGCAGUGUACACAUACCCCAGGCCUGGGACCAGUCACAGCAUGGGCAACCUCUUGGAAAAAGAGAACUACCUUACUUCAGGCCCUGCCGGUGGGCAAGUGAGGCCCCUGUUGCCCCUGCAGCCUGUAACCCAAAACAAGGCUGUUAGAUCCUCCUGGCAUCAGAGCUCCUUUCACAGUACCCGCACUCUGAGGGAAGCCGGGCCCAGUGUUGCUGUGGAUUCAAGUGGGAGGAGAACACACAUGACCGUUGGCCAGGUGGCAGCAGGAGGAAGUGGGAAUUUGCUCUCGGAAAGAAGCACUUUUACGGACUCCCAGCUUGGGAAUGCCGACAUGGAGAUGACUCUGGAGCGAGCAGUGAGUAUGCUUGAUGCAGAUCACACGCCCCUGUCCAGAAUUUCUGCUGCAGCUACCUUCAUACAGCAUGAGUGCUUCCAGAAAUCUGAAGCACGGAAAAGGGUUAAUCAGCUCCGUGGCAUACCCAAACUUCUGCAGCUCCUCAAAGUUCAGAAUGAAGAUGUUCAGCGAGCUGUGUGUGGGGCCUUGAGAAACUUGGUAUUUGAAGACAAUGACAACAAGUUGGAGGUUGCUGAACUAAACGGGGUACCUCGGCUGCUGCAGGUGCUGAAGCAAACCAGAGACUUGGAGACUAAAAAGCAAAUAACAGGUUUGCUGUGGAAUUUGUCCUCUAAUGACAAACUCAAGAAUCUCAUGAUAACAGAAGCCUUACUUAUCCUGACUGAGAAUAUCAUCAUCCCCUUUUCAGGGUGGCCAGAAGGUGACUACCCCAAAGCAAAUGGCUUACUCGAUUUUGAUAUAUUCUACAACGUCACAGGUUGCCUAAGAAACAUGAGUUCUGCUGGCCCUGAUGGGAGGAAAGUGAUGAGAAGGUGUGAUGGACUGAUUGACUCCUUGGUCCAUUAUGUCAGAGGAACCAUUGCAGAUUACCAGCCAGAUGACAAAGCCACAGAGAACUCUGUAUGCAUUCUUCAUAACCUCUCCUACCAGCUGGAGGCAGAACUCCCAGAGAAGUAUUCCCAGAGUAUCUAUAUUCAAAACCGGAACAUCCAGACUGACAACAACAAAAGUAUUGGGUGUUUUGGCAGUAGAAGCAGGAAAGUGAAAGAGCAAUACCAGGACAUGCCAAUGCCGGAAGAAAAGAGUAACCCCAAGGGUGUGGAGUGGCUGUGGCACUCCAUCGUAAUAAGGAUGUAUCUGUCCUUGAUUGCCAAGAGUGUCCGAAACUACACACAGGAAGCCUCUCUGGGAGCUCUCCAGAAUCUCACAGCAGGAAGUGGACCAAUGCCAACUUCAGUAGCUCAGACAGUUGUCCAGAAGGAAAAUGGCCUUCAGCACACCCGGAAGAUGUUGCAUAUUGGUGACCCAAAUGUGAAGAAAACUGCUGUCUCCCUGCUGAGAAAUUUGUCUCGGAAUCUUUCUCUGCAGAACGAAAUUGCCAAAGAAACUCUACCUGAUUUGGUUUCCAUAAUUCCUGACACACUUCCAACUACUGACCUUCUCACUGAGACUACAGCCUCUGCCUGUUAUACAUUGAACAAUAUAAUUCAAAAUAGUUACCAGAAUGCACGGGAUCUUCUAAACACUGGGGGCCUCCAGAAAAUUAUGACCAUCAGCGCAGGCGAUGCCUAUACCCUCAACAAAGCAAGUAAAGCUGCUUCUGUUCUGCUGUAUUCUCUGUGGACACACACUGAACUCCACAAUUCCUACAAAAAGGCUCAGUUUAAGAAGACAGAUUUUGUCAACAGCCGGACUGCCAAAGCCUACCACUCCCUUAAAGACUGAGGAAACUGAAAAAGUGCUCUCAAAAGUAUCAGCCUCUCCAUUCUUGGCUACAAAAACCCCAAAGGAAAACACCUAUUUUUCUACUACCCAGUGCAAGAAACCUCAAAAAGGCAUGCCCUGUUUCUAUCUUUUUCUAUUUCCAUGGUCCCCAGAAUCAGAACAUAAUUGUAUUAG